ACCACCCCUCCCUGCCCGGUCGCUGCUGUCGGGUCUCGGAGCGGCUUCCCCGGAGCCGGGCGUGUGACGAAGCGAGAGUGGAGGCGGCGCUGCCCGAUUUGUUUGUAAAUGCAUCACAAAGAGGCAGCCCAGAAUGAAGAAAGCAAGCAGGUCUGUUGGCUCAGUGCCCAAAGUGCCCGGGAUAAAUAAAACAAUAGAAAAAAUCAAACCAGAAAACGGCUCCUCAGUGUCUGCAGUAACAAAACUCUCAAAAACUGGAACAUCAACAUCCCUGCUGAAGACAAAAAGUAAUGAUGACCUUUUAGCGGGAAUGGCUGGUGGUGGGGUGACUAUGACCAAUGGUGUGAAGGCAAAGAAGAGCACCUGCACAUCCACAGCAUCUUCAGCUUCAGGGACCGCCAUGAACAACCUGGAGAAUAAGCCCAAGACUAUUACAGGUACGAGCUCCACAGCCAAGCGUAGCACUUCAUCUGGAAAUAAAGAAUCUAGCUCUUCUAGGGAAAGAAUACGCGAUCGUUCCCGUCUGAACCAAAGCAAAAAACUGCCUUUGACAGGACAGGGGACUAAUGAUACCAUUCUGGCAAAACGCUCCCGUAGUCGUACUAAUCCAGAGUCUGAUGUUCGGAUGAGUAAAUCCAAAUCGGACAAUCAAAUCAGUGACAAAGCUGCUUUGGAAGCUAAAGUGAAAGAUCUUCUGACUUUAGCAAAAACUAAAGAUGUGGAGAUUUUACACUUGAGGAAUGAACUCAGAGAUAUGCGUGCUCAGCUGGGCCUUAAUGAAGAUCAGCAUGAGGGUGAUGAGAAGUCUGAGGAAAAAGAGGCCAUUAUUGUUCACCAGCCAACUGAUGUAGAGUCUACAUUAUUAGUGUUACAAGAGCAAAACACUGCCAUCCGAGAAGAGCUCAACCAAUUGAAGAAUGAGAAUCGAAUGUUGAAGGACAGAUUAAAUGCAUUGGGCUUUUCUUUGGAACAAAGGCUAGACAACUCUGAGAAACUCUUUGGCUACCAAUCUUUGAGCCCAGAGAUCACAACUGGUAACCACAGUGAUGGUGGUGGCACUCUUACAUCUUCAGUGGAAGGUUCUGCUCCUGGUUCAAUGGAAGAUUUGUUGAGUCAGGACGAAAACACCUUAAUGGACAAUCAGCAUAGUAACUCCAUGGAUAAUUUAGACAGUGAGUGCAGUGAAGUUUAUCAGCCACUUACAUCAAGUGAUGAUGCCUUAGAUGCUCCAUCGUCUUCAGAGUCUGAAGGAGUACCAAGCAUAGAAAGAUCUAGGAAAGGAAGCAGUGGCAAUGCAAGUGAAGUUUCUGUAGCUUGUCUGACAGAACGGAUACACCAGAUGGAAGAGAACCAGCAUAGUACAGCUGAGGAGCUUCAAGCAACACUUCAGGAACUUGCAGAUUUACAACAAAUAACUCAAGAGCUGAACAGUGAGAAUGAAAGACUUGGAGAAGAAAAAGUAAUUCUUAUGGAAUCCUUGUGCCAGCAGAGUGACAAGUUAGAACACUUCAGCCGACAGAUUGAAUAUUUUCGCUCCCUUUUAGAUGAACAUCACAUCUCAUAUGUUAUUGAUGAAGAUAUGAAAAGUGGGAGGUAUAUGGAGUUAGAGCAACGUUAUAUGGACCUUGCUGAGAAUGCUCGUUUUGAACGAGAGCAACUGCUGGGUGUCCAGCAGCAUCUGAGCAACACUUUGAAGAUGGCAGAGCAAGAUAACAAGGAGGCCCAAGAAAUUAUAGGGGCACUGAAAGAACGGAACCACCACAUGGAACGAAUUAUUGAGUCAGAGCAGAAAAGUAAGGCAGCAUUAGCAGCCACCUUAGAGGAGUACAAAGCCACAGUAGCCAGUGACCAGAUUGAGAUGAACAGGCUAAAGGCUCAGCUGGAGCAUGAAAAGCAAAAAGUGGCUGAACUGUACUCUAUACACAACUCUGGAGAUAAAUCAGAUAUACAAGAUUUACUGGAGAGUGUCAGGCUGGACAAGGAAAAAGCAGAGACUUUGGCCAGCAGUCUGCAGGAAGAGCUGGCUCUCACUCGCAAUGAUGCCAAUCGAUUGCAGGAUGCCAUUGCUAAGGUUGAAGAUGAAUACAGAGUCUUCCAAGAAGAAGCCAAGAAGCAAAUUGAGGAUCUCAAUAUGACUCUAGAAAAGCUUCGGGCAGAGCUGGAAGAAAAAGAGACUGAAAGAAGUGACAUGAAAGAAACCAUCUUCGAGUUGGAAGAUGAAGUAGAGCAGCAUCGAGCUGUGAAACUUCAUGACAACCUCAUCAUAUCUGACUUAGAGAAUACAGUUAAAAAACUUCAGGACCAAAAGCAUGACAUGGAAAGAGAAAUAAAGACUCUUCACAGGAGGCUACGGGAGGAGUCCGCAGAAUGGCGUCAGUUCCAAGCUGAUCUACAGACUGCCGUGGUCAUAGCAAAUGAUAUCAAAUCUGAGGCCCAGGAGGAGAUAGGGGACCUAAAGCGUAGACUGCAUGAGUCUCAGGAGAAAAAUGAAAAGCUCACUAAAGAGCUGGAAGAAAUAAAGUCACGCAAGCAGGAAGAGGAACGUGGCCGGGUAUACAAUUACAUGAAUGCUGUAGAGAGGGAUUUGGCAGCUCUGAGACAAGGAAUGGGUCUGAGUCGCAGGUCAUCCACUUCCUCGGAGCCAACUCCCACCGUAAAAACACUAAUCAAAUCCUUCGACAGUGCUUCACAAGUUCCAAGCCCUGCCACAGCCACAAUUCCUCGCACUCCUCUCAGUCCAAGCCCGAUGAAAACACCCCCAGCAGCUGCAGUGUCUCCUAUGCAGAGGCAUUCUAUAAGUGGACCAAUAUCAUCCUCCAAACCCCUUACACCUUUGUCAGACAAAAGACCAAGCUAUGCAGAAAUCCCUGUUCAAGAACAUUUGUUGAGAACUUCCUCUACCAGCAGACCAGCCUCAUUGCCAAGAGUACCUGCCAUGGAAAGUGCCAAAUCUAUUUCAGUGUCUAGACGAAGUAGUGAAGAAAUCAAACGGGACAUUAGUGCACCUGACGGAGCAUCUCCAGCCUCUCUCAUGGCAAUGGGAACCACCUCACCACAACUCUCUCUCUCCUCCUCUCCUACAGCGUCUGUCACCCCUACAACACGAAAUCGAAUAAGGGAAGAAAGGAAAGACCCUUUAUCUGCUCUUGCAAGAGAAUAUGGAGGUUCCAAAAGAAAUGCCUUGCUGAAGUGGUGUCAGAAGAAAACCGAAGGAUAUCAGAAUAUUGACAUCACAAACUUCAGCAGCAGUUGGAAUGAUGGGUUGGCCUUCUGUGCAGUCCUCCAUACUUACCUCCCAGCUCACAUUCCGUAUCAAGAACUGAACAGCCAGGACAAGAGAAGAAACUUCACUCUGGCCUUUCAGGCAGCUGAAAGUGUUGGCAUCAAAUCUACUCUGGACAUCAAUGAAAUGGUGCGAACUGAGCGUCCAGACUGGCAGAAUGUCAUGCUGUAUGUUACAGCAAUUUACAAAUACUUUGAAACUUGA